AUGUUCUCCCAAUGGAAUGUACAUAUAGAAUUUGAUGCAAAAUCCUAUGAUAUCAAAGUAUGGCGUGCCAUAAAAAAAGGGAACUAUCCACUGCCAGCAGCAACUCAACCACCCGCUGAUCCUAAAGAUAUAAAUGAAUACACAGACGAGCAAAUGGUUGUUGUUCAAGUUAAUGCUAAGGCACGAAACUUGCUCUAUAAUGCUAUUAGUGGAAAAGAGUAUGAGAAAAUUUCAAGGUAUGAUACCACCAAAGAAAUAUGGGACAAAUCGGAUAUUACUUAUGAAGGAACCAACAAAGUGAAGGACACAGGGAUAAACAUCAUGGUUCAUGAAUAUGAACUAUUCAAGAUGAAAGAAGGACAAUCCAUUAAUGAAAUGUUUGCAAGAUUUAGCCAAAUCAUUGCCGAUCUGAAAGCCUUUGAUAAAUGUUGA